AUGUUCUGUAUGAGAGCUGAUCUCGUGAGGAACCUCGGGAACAUGUGUAGCUCGGAGCUUCAUAAAGGUAGACUCCAAGUUCCUAGACAUAUCAAAGAGUAUAUAGACGAGGUCUCUACUCAGCUGAGAAUGGUUUGUAACUCUGACUCAUUAGAAGAGCUUUCUUUAGAAGAUAAGCUUUCUUUUAUGCAUGAGACACAUCAUGCUUUUGGUAGAACGGCUUUGCUUUUAAGCGGUGGGACUUCUCUAGGCGCGUAUCAUGUUGGUGUGGUUAGGAAUUUGGUUGAGCAUAAGCUCUUACCUCGGGAUAUCGCUGGCUCUAGUGUUGGCUCCAUAAUCUCUUCGGUUGUAGCAUCAAGAUCCUGGCCAGAGCUACAUAUUAGGAAGCGUUUUCACAAUCGUGAAAAGGGUAAUGACACAGGGAGGGUAAUGACACAUGGAGCUUUACACGAUAUCAGACAUCUUCAAUGCAUGCUAAGAAACCUCACAUGCAACCUCACGUUCCAAGAGGCUUAUGAUCUAACGGGAAGGAUACUUGGGAUCACCGUUUGCUCACCAAGAAAACAUGAACAUGAGGAAAGUGUUGACUGA